AUGUUACCGCCAAUUAUGGUGUACACAUAUUCAUUUACAGCUGCUACACCUAAUUUUCGUUGUCGAAAUCCUUCAUUACAAUCAAUAGACAAGUAUAAUCAAACGUUUGAUUCCUUAUUCAACGAAGACUAUCGUCCAACAAGUGAACAAUGUUUAUUACAUCAAAAAUCUCUUUCGUUAAAAGAAUGUCAACGAUGUUUUCUGCGUUCAUCGUUGAUCAAUUCGACAUUACAAACAUGUGACGAUUACGUUUUCGAUCGUACAUACUACAAAAAAACAUUAAUCGAAGAAUGGAAUAUGGUCUGCGAUCGUGUUGGCUACCGUUCAUGGGUACAAAUGAUUUUCUUUGUUGGUUAUAUGGUUGGUUCGAUUCUAUUCGGCAUCCUUGCUGAUAAGUAUGGUCGCCGACCGAUUAUGAGCAUUAGUUUUCUUCUAAUGACAUUAUCGAGUUUAUUGUGUACAUUUGGACCACAGAAAUCGCUGGGAUUUUGGCCAUCCUAUGUGAUAUUUGUCUUGGCGAGGUUUCUACUUGCCUGUUCGACGAGGGGAAUUUCCGUAUCUGGUUUUGUGCUCGGUUCUGAAAUAGUUGGACCAGAAAAACGACUGUUGACAGGCAUUGUUAUUGAAUAUUUCUUUGCAUUUGGCCAAAUGAUUCUAUUAAUAUUCGCAUAUUUUAUUCGAACAUGGCGAACUCUAACAUGGGCUAUAUCUUUAUUUACAUAUCCGUAUCUUUUCUUUUAUUACAUUUUACCCGAAAGUCCACGAUGGCUGAUAAGUAAAGGUCGAUUUGAUGAAGGUGAACAAGUUUUAAGAAAGAUUGCUAAAAUGAAUGGACAUAAGUUUGAUACAAAUGCUUUUGAACAACUUAAACAGGAGCAAAUCGAAAUUAUGUCACAGGAAAAACACAAGGAAGGAGUAAAAAGUCUAUUCCAAUCGAAAAUCAUGGCAAUGAUUAGCAUCAAUCUGUUUUUUCAAUGGCUCGUGCAAAAUCUUGUUUUCUACGGUGUUUCCCAGAAUACAGGUUCGUGGGAUUUCGAUCCAUAUACAUCAUUUGGUAUUAGUGCCUUUGUCGAACUGCUCGGAUAUAUUGUUGUUCAUUCCAUGCUUGAUCGAGUCGGUCGAAAAGUUCCUUAUUGUACAUUUGUCAUCAUGUUCUCAUUUGUCUCAUUUCUCAUACUUCCUGUUCAAUAUCUGAUGGAAAAAGAUGGGCAAAGUGAAAAGAUAAUCAUGAAUAUUAUUAAUGGUACUUUGAAAUUCCUCGCAUCGUCAUCGUACGCAAUUAUUUACAUAUAUGCAAACGAACUUUUCCCAACGAAUGUUCGAAACACCGGAAUGGGAAUUUGUUCAAUGGUCGCACGUAUCGGUGCGAUUAUCGGAACAUUUUCGAAUGAUAAUCUGACACGAUUAUGGAUUCAUUUUCCAGUAUUAUUCUAUGGUUGUGCUUCGUUCAUUGCUGCAUUAUUGGCAUUGAUGUUUCCUGAAACAUUGCAUCAACCAUUGCCUCAAUCGGUCGCUGAUGUCGAACAGAUGAAUUUUAUGAAACUGGAAAGUAAAAAAUCAAAACAAAUAGUUGUUCAUGAAGAUGAGAAUCGAUAUGAAAGGGACGAAAUGAUAAGAUUCUAA